CGGACUCUCUGGUUCCGCCUCCUGCCUGAUACCUUCCUGCUGACUAGGAGCACAUGACCAACAUGACCAGAUGACCAGGCGUGUUUACACCUGCAGUCAGUGACGGACAGACACACAGCACCGACACGCACUGUGCCACUGACAGGGAAGCCUGCUGUUUAAACCGAGAUAAGAAGCAGUGUUGUCGUGAGAGCUCAUAGUUCAGCGGACGCUCUCAGGGACUCGCUCCAGGCAGCCUCUGCCAAACCUGUACCCCAGGAGGGAAGCUACAUCCUCGGACACAGGCUCCAGGAAGCCAGCCCUCUUGCUGUCCACCAUGGAUGACACGGAUGUAGAACAGGUGACCCUGGCUCUCCUAGAUGCGGCCACUGAUAAAGACUCAGAGGUCCAGGAACAGGUCAGAAAGUCUAUGUUGACCCUGGGGAAACAGCAGCCAGACAGAGUGUUAGCCAUGUGCCAGGACUACCUUCUGAAACACCCAAAGUUGGUAGUGAGCCACAGAGUUGUGAUUCUUCAGACUAUUGAGCUGAUAGUGGGCUGCAGGAUAGAGGAGAUCAGUUACCCCAGGAUAAAAAGCAUCAUCUCCCUGGCCUCAGAUGAGAUGACACGCUCAAAGGAGGUCAUCCCCGAUUGGCAGCAGGCAGCAAGUAAUAUUUUGGUUGCUGUGGGCAACAAGCACAUCAAUGACAUCAUGGAGGAGAUCCUAAGCAAGUUUCAGCCCGGGCUCCUACCUCACUUCUUUGUGGUCCAGACACUAGCCAACCUUUCUGACUCCAAUGUUUAUGGCAUGGUACCCUUCCUGAAUGCUAUUCUGGGCACCAUGCUGCCCAUGUUGAGCAUGGCCAAACAAGACAACAUGAAGUGGGUCUUCUCUUCUGCUCUGUGUCAUUUCAGCGACAGUAUCUUGGAGUACCUCGCAAACCUGGACAAGGCUCCAGAUCCUACAGUCAGAAAGGACACGUUCUCCAGUGAAAUGUGUGCUGCUUUCGACAUCCUCUUCAAUAAUUGGUUACAAAGCAGGGAGUCCAAGUUGAGGCUAACAGUAGCUGAGGCCGUGGGCUCUAUCUGCCAUCUGAUGGCCAGCGAUAAACUGGAGGAGCAGAUUCCUAAACUCAUACCUGCCAUCCUGUCCCUGUACAAGAAAAACAACGAGCACUACGUCAUUAGCAAGAGUCUGUGCCAAGUGCUUGAUGCGUCUGUCAGCAUGGGCAGCAGGGUGCUGGAGACACAACUGGACAGUCUACUCUUAGCACUGCAUCAACAGGUGUCUGCCCCUAUUGAUUACAGUAACCCUCCUACUGUCAAGAACCACAACGAGGUCCUGCGCUGCUUCACCUUACUGGCUAACUCUUUCCCAGACCGGAUGGUCAUGUUUGUUCUUCAGAAGUUGGAGAACAGUAAUGAGCGAAGCAGGAUGGGCUCCCUGGCUGUCCUUCGUCACCUCAUCAACUCCAGCACUUCCACAAUGGAGAGUAAGAAGCUGCUAAUUCUGGCCAGCAUCAGACAACCGAUGGCUGACCACAGCAACAAGGUGAAGAAGCGUGUGGUGCAGGUGAUCAGUGCGAUGGCUCAUCACGGCUACCUGGAGUUAGAUGGAGGGGAGCUACUGGUUCGAUUCAUCGUUCAACACUGUGCCUUACCUGACACGUACCGGCGAGGCCAGAGGCCCACAGAUCCGGAGGAGGUGACUAACGAGGCGCUGAGGACGAUGUGUGACAACACCCUUCACCUCCUGACCACCACUGUUGGACGACUAGCUGAUGUGCUGUGGCCAAAGCUGCUGUACUAUCUGACCCCUUCACAGUUCAGCAACGCCACCACUCCUUUAUGUAAGAGUCUGAUAGUGCUGGGCAACAAGAAGAAAAGUAACCAGGAGCCUAGCUUCAACAUAGACUUCACACAGGAAGUCAACCUGCCCUCUCCUCAAACACUAAUGGUCAGACUGCUGGUGAAUGCAGCGUUCCCGUUCAGUAGCAGAGAUCAUGGAGCUCCGUCCCUCUCGCUCCUUCAAAUCCUCAGCAUCAACAUCCACCCUAACACAGAGAUCCUCUGGGAGAAAGAGAUACCUCCUCUGCUUUCAAUGCUAGAAGAGUCAACGCCAGAGAACCUUGAGAAGAAGCACUGGGAGGAAAAGUUGCUGAAGCUCUUGUCUAAAACCCUGGCUACUAUUGAUGAUGACAAGUGGGUGUGUCAGUUGGGAGCUGAGGCAACUAGAUACCUCUCCACGUAUAACAACGACUUAGAGGAGAAGAGUUUCCUGUAUCGAUGUUUAGGAGUGACUCUCCAACAGUGUUUCAAUAAGGAGGUGGUUAAAAAGCAGCUGCAGGAAAUCCUCCUAACAGCAAGACACAAUGAUGCCAUCGAACGAGAGGGAGUUGCAAUGGGCGUUGGUCUGUGUGCCAACAGCCACUUAGAGGGAACUCUGGCCAAGUUGGAAGAGUUCGGCAAGUCAGACGCCUUCAAGAAGUCACCGAGCAUCUUCAACCUUCUCAAAGAACGUAAUGAUGUUGAGGUAGAGAAGGUGAAAAGCACAUUAAUCUUGUGUUACGGUCAAGUGGCUCUGAACGCACCUCCAGAAAAGAUAGUGACCCGCAUUGAUCAAGACAUCCUUCGCUGCAUCAGUAAACACUUCAAUACCAAGGUUCUGGGGAUUAAAGUAGAGACGAAGGACCUGACUAUGAAACUCAGUCUGAUCCAGAGUGUCGGGCUCAUAGCCAAAGCCAUCAGCGAGUGUGUGAAGAAACAAGGCUACAUCUUCUCUCGCAAACAGGAGCUCAUCACCGUUAUGCUGGAUUUCAUCAAGGCAGAGCCAGCUGAUGCAUUGAGGACUCCAGUACGCCAUCUUGUGAUGACAACCUGUGCCAACCUAAUGCCUCUGGACCCUGCGCUGAGUGAGAACGAGAGCUUUGACCUGCUAAAGGUUUGUGUGAACAGCGUGUUUUCUCUGCCACCUGAGACUCACACUCCAGAGAAAACUAAAGAAGAAGAGACGCUGGACCCCAAGCAGAGAAAGGCGUUGUACAAAGACACGUUGGCUGCAUUGCAGGAGCUGCUGAGAAGUGUCCUGGCCAAAGAUCCCACACCUGAUGGCCUGCAGAGUGUCUUCAAGCACAUCGAGUCAUGGUUGAGCUCCGGACAGGACCACGAGAGAGAGAGAGCUGUCACAGCUACUGCUCACAUGUUGGCUUACUACCUGGAUAACCUGACUGUCAAGAACAUGGUGUCUUUCCACAACCUUGGAGCUCUGCUGGGUCGACUGUCUCCGCGAUGUGCGGACCCUCACCCUGCUGUACGCACUGCUGCUGUGGACUGUAUAUACUCACUGCUCUACAUACAGCUACGCUAUGAAGGUUUCUCUCUAGAUUAUAAGGAUGAAGGUGUGGACAGUCUGUUGCCCUUAAAGGAGCGAUUAGAUAACCCGGACCACUCAGUUCUAUAUAAGACCUGCUCCGACCUCACCAAGGUGAUGAGUAAGCGUCUGCCUCAGCAGCAGCUGACGACGUUGGUGUUCAUGUUGUUUGAAGGGCUGGUCGACAGUCAGGCAAACUGCUGCAGAGCCUCAUCUGUCAUCCUAAAUACUCUGCUGAAGAACAGAGGAGGAGGACUGCAAGAGCUGGUCCCAGAGAUGCUGGAGGUGCUACAUGUGCGUCUGCAGAACAUCACAGAGGAGCAGGUGAGAGUGGCGGUGGGACAGACGGUACUAAUCCUGGCUUCUCAGCAUCUACAGACUGUUAUCAAUGCACUAGUCAACCAACCACUUCCUUUUGACAGCUGGACCAGUGAGAUGUGGAUGGCUUUGGGAGCAGACCCCAUCGUAGCCAAUCAGAUCAUUGAGAUGGUGAUGGAGAAGCUUCUCAUCAUGGCGCCCUACGUAGACCAGAGGGACUCGAUGAUCAGAGGAGGGACAACGAAGGUGGCCACCAAUCAGCCACUGGCUAUGACAUGCGGCCUAAAAGAACUGUUAUUAAAUGGCCAGAGUCAGGAGCCGGCAGUCAGUCUGUUUCCUCAGCUCUUCUCCUGUCUCACCGUCCGACUGGGAGCAAGCGUCGGGGUCUCGGCACCGAGGGACAACAACACUAAACACGCUGCCUCCAUCCAUGUAGCAGGAGUUGCAGCUGAUGCUCUGCGAAUCUUGUUAGCACGGGCCCAGUUAGACGAGGUGAUGAAAAGACUGGAUGAAGAUAAAGCCUGGGACGCAAUGAAGGAACAGAAUACACACGCUACUGGAAUUACACUACUGGCAAGGGCAAUGGCUAAGCAUGCUGGUCCCAGGUUGCCCGCCAUUGUGGAGAGUCUGUGUCCGUCCUUGAACAACAUCUACGAAUGCCAAAGAAUCACCGUCACUGCUUUCUUCUCUGAGCUCUUAAACCAUCAUGUGGUGACGGAGUUAAUGUUGAUAGAUGUGUUGAUGAACAACAUGAUGGAGAGGAUAUCAGAUCCCUGUUGCACUGUGCGCAUGUUGGCUGUGAGGGGGCUGGGCAAUAUAGCCGUAGGAUCACCUGAAAAGGUGAAUAAAUAUGCCAAGGAGCUGCUGGCAGCCAUGAGUUCAGGCAUGGAGGAGAAAGACGAUCCAGGUAAGCUGAUUACCCUCGAGGCCAUGUCGGGUCUUUCAAAAGUUCUCCUCUAUCUGGACAAGAAGAACGUCCACUUAUUAGUGGUCUACAUCUUCAUGAAGAUCAAACCUUUCUUGGAAAGUGAGAACGAUGAGAUCCGCUGUGCUUCCAUCCAUCUAAUGGGAAACCUGUCCAAGUUUGGCUCAGGAGAGGCGGUGUUCAAAGACCAGAUCCACAAUGUUCUGGUCAGCCUGCUGUUACACCUGGUCGACCCAAACCCACAGGUGGUCAAGGCGUGUAAGUAUUCGAUGCGAGUGUGUGCUCCUGUGGUGGGAUCAGAGCAGAUCACAGCCAUGUUUCAGAACCACCUGCACGACGGCAAGAGCUUGCACUACGGAGAGUUCAUCAAUGACCUCACCAAGUACCUGAUUCAGGACUUUCCAGGCAUGCUGAACUUUUAUCACAUCUCAGUGAUCCAGUUCUUCAAGAGCAACUGGGCAGAAGUCAGAGCAGGAGCUGCCAUGUUUAUAGGGUUCCUGCUGGGGAAUCUUCCAGAGGAGCAUUUCUCCCACCUCAACAUGGCCACCAUCACCAAAGGUUUAGUGCUGCUGCUCAGAGAUCCAGAUCCUGUUGUGAGAGUGAAGGCUGCUGAGGCCAUGGGACAUUUCCACUGACACACAAAGACCUGCAUACACAUCUCAAUGUUUCCAUCAUAGAAAACAGAAAAGUAGUAGUUAUUAUUAAGCCUGCAGUUUACUAAAACAUUCAGAUUCCACCAUUUAAAUGUCAUUAUAACAGAAUCCAAAUAACGCAUCUGCAACCUUCAUUAAAACCAAAAACAG